AGAGAAGAAGGUGGGGGGGGGGGGCAAGGACAGAACUGCUGGGGGCUAGAGGCCUCUGGCUGCCCAGGAGUGAGGCCACUCGGCUCGAAGAAGGAGACAGCUCUCAAACGCCCCAGGCAGAGGCCCCACAGAGAUGGAGCAGAAGGAAGGGAAGCCCUCUGAGGAUGGGACCUCUGCCUCCCCAGCCGCAGGGACCCCGGGGACGCCGGCAGCAGGUGAAGCCUCAUCAGAGGUGGGGCCCAAAGUCACCUCAGAGAGCACCAGCACAGAGGGGCCUCCGUCUGAGGCGGGAAGGCGGGAAGGAGCCCCAGCAGAGGACGGCGUCUCAGCAGAACUCCAGGGGGAAGCCGGUGGAUUGGAUGAGGUCAAGGUGGAGUCCAAAGUGGAGGCUGGACUUCCAGAGGAGGGUGGUGGGAAGGAAGAGACCAAAGAGGCUCCUCAGGAGAUGACUGAUGGGAAAGAAGAGACCAAAUCUGAACCCAAGGAGGCGGAGGGAAAAGAAGAGAUGGCGGUGGCCUCUGAGAAGCAGAAGGCUGAGGAGAAAGCAGCCAAGCCCGAAUCCGGGGAGAAAGCCGAUGUGGAGGAUGAGGCCAAGGCUGAGCAGAAGCAGGCCGAGGGGGCGCAGGAGGCCACAACGGCCUCUCAGGAGGAGAACAACAAGACAGGGGAGCCUGAGGCUGAAGCCCCCAUGAAAGCCGGAGCCCCAGAGGCCAAGUCGGACUCUGCAAAGAAGGUGACCCCGGGAGAUGAGGCCAAGGCUGCACCCCAGGAGAGGGACACGAAGGAGGAGGUGCACUCAGGUGGGCCCAGUGAAGAGCAGGACCCGGGCAUGGACAGAGAGUCGGAGGAAGGGGCAGGGGCGACUCCCAGCUCCCCCGAGGAGUGGCCCGAGAGCCCCACGGAGGAGGGUCAAGGCCUCAGCCCAGAUGGGCUGGGCCCAGACACCACAGCAGCUUCGGGAGAGACCAGCCCCUCAGCCAGUGAGUCUUCACCCAGCGAGGCGCCCCCGAGUCCCACGGAGCCCCCUCCCUCCCAGGAGAAGAAGAAGGAGAAGGCACCGGAACGCAGGGUGUCCACCCCUGCCCGGCCCCGGGGGGUCCACGCGCAGAACCGCAAAGCCAUCGUGGACAAGUUUGGCGGGGCAGCCUCGGGCCCCACGGCUCUGUUCCGGAACACUAAGGCCGCCGGGGCCGCCAUCGGCGGUGUCAAGAACAUGCUCCUGGAGUGGUGCCGGGCCAUGACGAGAAACUACGAGCACGUGGACAUUCAGAAUUUCUCGUCGAGCUGGAGCAGCGGCAUGGCCUUCUGUGCCCUCAUCCACAAGUUCUUCCCUGAUGCCUUCGACUACGCUGAGCUGGACCCUACAAAGCGCCGGCACAACUUCGCCUUGGCCUUCUCCACAGCAGAGAAACUGGCCGACUGUGCGCAGCUGCUGGAGGUGGAUGACAUGGUGCGGCUGGCAGUGCCCGACUCCAAGUGCGUCUACACCUACAUCCAAGAGCUGUAUCGCAGCCUCGUGCAGAAGGGACUGGUGAAGACCAAGAAGAAAUGAGGAGCUGACUGACCCCGUGGGCAGAGGUGGCCAGGGUGCCCAGCUGACCAGCCACAGCCCCGAGGCUCCCUUCUACCCCAGAGACAAGAGAGCCAGGCCCUGGGCUAAGGCAGAUGGCUUCAGUCUUAACUGCAUUGAAAGUACUUUUGCAAAAUCCUGUCUGGCUGCUUCCCUCGCCCACCCAGGAACCUCUUACUCUGGGAUAAUAAACCACAGCUGCCAGGAUUCCUCACCUGGCAUUUCCUCACCUGACACAAUCUUUCCUACAGCAUGAAAGGCAUCUGGGAAGGACAAUGGCCUGGGUCCCACCACUAACCAGCUGUGUGACCUUGGGCCAGUGAGUUAACCUCUCUGAACCUGUUUACCGUCUGAUUGUGAUAAAAGGAUUUCAAACCUGAUGGGGAUGCCGUGAGCGUUCAAUGAACUAAUGAAAUGAGCAAAAAGCCUUGCCUGGUAUCUGUCACAUACGUGUUCAAUAAGCAGUGGCCAAGAAUAAAGCCAAAUCUCACAUUUUGA